AUGGAAGAGUCUGGAGAGGUUUUUCGGUCCUUCUCCUGGACUUUGCCGCAUGGGCAUUGCUUAGCUGGCUACUUCAACAGCAACAAAGAGGCCGAAUGGUAUUCGGACCGACUGCUUCACAAUCUGAAGAUUGAUGGGACGAAGGAUCAUGUGUUCUUCCAGAGAAACAACGAGAAGUUCAAGGCUGAGCUGGAGGGCGCUGAAGUUCCAUUGUCGCAGCUGCAUUACCGAGGGGCAGGGAGUGAAGAUCCGCACAAAGCUGGGCACACAGUGGAGACAAGAGCUCUGCUGGAGAUGCUGAGGCAAGCCUGUGCAAAAAUAGCCCUGUCUGGCAUUCAGAGAGGCAGGGUUUCGUGCAACUUUGUCUCCGAUGUUGACAGCUCCCCGAUUGCCCUCAGUCUGGAUUUUUUUGAAGAUGGCAGCACACGAAGUUUGGCCGACCUGGAGAACUUGCAUAAGGGUGCAAGCAAGGGCUGGGACAAGCUUUCGCAGCACGCUUGGUGUGGUCGCAAACUUUCAACCACUCUUCAGCAAACGAACCUUUGGGAUAUCUACCUCUUCCUAAUAUGGAGCAAGCACAACCCGAGUUCGAAGAUCUGGGAGCAGUUCUCUGUACACCUUUAUCCCAAGGUUGUUUUCUUGGCUGGUUACUUGCUGGAGGCCUAUGUCGAUGAACUUGCCAACUUGCCACUGGCACCGCUUCCCCUUUUGAAAACCAAGCAUGGAAACAGUCGACGAGUUCCGAAAGUGAACAAAAUCAUACUUUUACAACGCGUGAAGGCGCAAAAGCGCCACAGAGGAGAAGUCAUGCAGACGCACACUGACUUGACGCCACCUCAGAUCGCACUGGUGCGAGCUGAGGCUAAUUUGGAAGUGGCUGAGUAUGUCAAGCUCUUGACGACCGCCUUUGCCGACACGCAGCAUGUCCAGGUGUCCUGGGAUGCGUCAACCUAUGAUGUGGAAACUUUAGUGGCGAUCGCAUACGAUUACAAGAAGAACGUGUCGGGCUACUUACCCAUACAAAACAUCAGCCCCGUCCAGACAGCAGAGUUGCACGAAACUGUGAGGACAUUGGCUGUGCAAGGCCGGAUCACACGUGUCGAGAGUUACAAUACAAUGCGAUCUUUCAGCCAUGCCCUGAACUCAAUUGGGCUUCCGCUUGCCGCCUUCGCAAAGCCUCCAGACCUACUUCUGGGGCCACUCCGGGCUGAGGAGGAACGGGUGCUGAUGAACGGGACCUACUUCAUCUAUAAUACCACGACACAGUCGAUUCAAAGACAGGUACCGACUGCAUGGAGUCUGGCGAAGCAGCCACUGUUGAUCUCGGUGAGCGAUCAGGGACCGCUGAACUGUCCUGGUCUCGAUCACUUGCAGUUCAAGCUUCGUGGGUUCGUGCUUCCCUUGUAUGAUCAGAGUCAUCGUACAUGGAACGACUUGAAGUCGGCCAUGAGGAGUGUGAAGCUCUUUCGCAUCCUCCUGCAGUUCUCCAUUCUCUACAACAUGAAUUAUGGACCUGGAGGCACCAAGGCUUGGAUGGCCAAGAAGCAACAGUAUGCAGAGGAAUUUAGAGCCAAACAGACAGCUGAUGGCGAAAUCUUCCUCAGCUACAUGCCGUACAUCUGCCAUGAGAUGGGCCUUUCGGAGCCAACGACUGCUGAGGAGAGGGAGGCACUCUUCGGGACGAUCACUUCGCUGCAGACGCUGCAGCAGCAUGGACCACUCGUCAAACUCAUGAGAUGGUUUUCUUACUUCCAAUCGCACCAAUUUUAUGCUGGCGAACACUUCUGGACAAAGAUGCUGAUUGGGGAAGGUGGGCCGCCACAGCAAGGCAUCCAGCCUGAGGCAGUGCUGACACCGGAUAUCUUGGCCGGCAAUCUGGACGAUCGAGAGGAGCUACGACAACUCAAGCUCAAGAUGGGCUCAUGGCGACUUGCACCGUUGCUCGUAACACCAUGGACCUGGUGGAAAAACGAGCUUUUGGUUUCCAUGGCGACGCCAGUCUGGAGCUGCUUCACACAGAAAGCCCAGCAGCUCAAGUUGCCUCACGAGAUCGCCGGUGACAUCGCCAAAAGAGCUGGGACCAAGCUCUGGGCCGAGGAGAUCCACGCUGUGAUCGGGAAUGGCUUCUUUGAUGGGCCUCAGAAACUGUACCCGGCUCGCUUUCUUUCAAACGAGGAGGAAGGACAGUGCAUCUCUUUGCACUUUCGGAGACGUGUGCAGAGCUCCGCUUCGUACUACCUCCGACCGCCUUUUCGAUAUGCUGGGGCACUUCUUGCAGAAAGCAGGGAGACCACCCUUCGCCAGAUGCAUGCCGACUGGGCAGCCGUCUUGAAGGCCGAGAAAGCCAUGGCUGGUGGAGCAGGCAUGGAACCCCUGAAGGAGAUGCAUUGGCGGCUGAAUUCCGUCAACAGGCUGAUCCACUUGAUCCGGGACAUGGCCGAGGUCGCUUCAACAACAGCCGAACGCCGGGCCUACAACAACCAAGUGGUUGAGCUUCUGACCUUCGUCAGCACGCAUCUUGCCGACACAGUUAUCGUGGAAAAUACACAUCAGAUGGCCAAAGACGCGCUCAGGGACGCACGCCACUUUCAAAAAUCUCGGACAGGGAAGCAAGUUGCUUGCAUACGCUGCAGUGCAAUACCGAGCCGUGGUGUGCCCUGCUUGAAGGUGUCAGAUGAUCAGAAAGCUCUCAAAAAGGAGUUCCAGAGGCUCAUGGAAACUAAAACGAAGCAGCAUACGUGGCCGAGCACGACCCAGCAGAUGGAGUGGCAGCAAGUUGUGGCUACAGAGUGGUUCCUCUGCUACAUGCAAGAUGAGGACAAGUUUGCAGCUGGCCCCAACUCUGCUUGGCUGUCUGUCUUGGCUGGGGCAGCAGGCGAGGUGGUAGCAUGCCAGCGUGCAGGAGAGAUCAUGUUGAUCUUGGCUGUUGGAUCUUAUGGCUUCGCUGCUUGGGACCUGGAGCUGGCGGCAGGAGUCCGCACGGCUGCUGGGAUGUCGGCUUUCCGGCCCUACAGGCACAAUGCCAUCCGAUUCCACCACAUCACGGAGCUGGAGGACUGGGUUUCCGUUCCUGUCAAGCCUGGCCUGUCUGGCCCGCACGGCCCGCUGCACCUGGAACAGACCUCUGAGGCCAUGUCGCUGCCCUUGGCUAGAAUCCAUGCCGGACUCAAUCUGACAUGCAAGCAGUGCCAGGACCUGUUGGCAUUGUUCAAAGUCAACUUUCGCAAAAACCAGUCACGAGCCAGCUUGCACGGCCUAAUCCUCGAUCUUUUCUUGGAAACCGAGCACGAGAAAGAAGAGGCCAGGAGGAAGAUGGCUGCCUGCUUGCUUCCACAAGAAGAAGAACACGCUGAGGACAGUGACAUGGAGGAGUUGUUGGAACAGCUCGAGGAUCUCGAGAAUCAGGGCGAUCCAGAGAUCCAGAAAGAGAAGGAGAAGAUCAAACAAAGGAGAACUGGACGGAUCGCUGUCCCCAGAGCUGCUGGUCCCGACGAGGGAGAACAAGUUCCGAAACGGAAGGCUAAGGCCAAGGCUCCGCCAAAGCAACGGAAGAAAGGCUUGCUCGAGCCGAAGAUGAAG